UGUCCGUCUUGACUGCACUUAUUUCACUCUUCCCCUCACUGCAGCCGCUUACUCUCGCCUACAUUUCAGGCGAGGCUAGGCCAGAAAUCUCAAAUGAACCUGGUGUUGACUUGCUAUAGAAAUGCAUAAUUCAGAGUCCGAGAACGUCACGUGUUGUCAUUUUGAGCCUACGGUAAUUUCGACAUGGCGUGAAUGCAGCUAUAGCCUACUCAGAUUACAAGUGGCACGUUACUUUACGACAUGUGAAUGUAUCAUCUAACUCUUUCGUAGGCCUACUACUGAACUGAGGAACACAUCAUUCAACAAAGCUACUAAUUUCGACUAAUUGCAUGGCUUGUGAACAACAUAAAACAACAGGGAUGAAAAAAAAAAAUCGUUGUUGUAACUUGGUAAUAUGAAACACGUGAUUACCCCCAAACCAGUGAGACGUAAACUCUGCUCCACAGCGGUGUUUUGAGGUGCGUUCGACUUCAUGCGGCGCUGCGCAGACCGACAGGUGUAUGACAUCGAAGUACCGCGAGAGAAGCACAUGGCUCCGUAUGCACUGAAGCGCUCUCGCGGUACUUUGAUGUCAUACAUCGAUCGGAUGCUUUAGAUUCUAUCAAAGGCAUCAUACUCAUUUCUGUACAAGCAGAAGUUGAAAGAAAACUACUGAAGUGGAGUGGAAUUCCUUCAUACAUCCCGUUUCAGUGACAGUAAACAAAUAACAAAAAGGCUAUAUAUUUUACUUGUGUUUGAUAUGGCUUGCAAAGGCUCCCGGGAUGAUCUGAUUGGAGAAAAACUUUUAAUCGACAUGGUAACAAGCAAGGUGAAAUAUGUGACAGACAAAGUAAAGGCAAUCCUUCCAGCCCUUCCUGAGUCUCCGCUAAUAAGCAAAGGUCAGGACCAGAUGCUUGUUCAGCAGUUGUCGGAGAUCAUCAAAGUUUAUGGCGACAACAUUGAUCAGGAUAAAGAAUUUAAUGACAUAAUUGAUGACUUGGCAAAGGUAGCUGAUACAAGCAGUUUUUUAAAACUUGUGAAAAAGGUUUUCACAGACGACCAGAUCACCUGGGGGAGAAUUAUAGUACUGUUCUAUUCGGUUGGAAAGCUGUCUGCAAAGAUGGUUCUCAUACACACACACAGUGUUGUUUCAGCUCUUCUGAACGCAAGUUUGGAUUACUUUAGGAAGCAUCUGUUAGAAUGGAUUUGGAAAAAGGGAGGAUGGAUGAGCAGUAUCCCUGCACUGGCCUGUUUCUCCAUAGGGAUAUUUUCUGGUUCUAUAAAAAGUAAACUAUAGGGUACUGCUAGUUAGCUUCAUCAUCUCAAGACUUCACAAAAGUAGGGUAAAUGCAGAUAGCCAUAAAGUUGAAGAAAAAAAGAAAAAAAAUAACCUUUCAAAAAGGAUAUGAAAUUUCAACGACUACAACAUGACUUUAUAAUCCAAUUUUAACAGUAAUAUGCCUUGUAUUUUAUAUGUAUUUAUAUUAUUUUGCGAUUAAAACAUUUAAUAAAGUAAGAGAGUUAAUGGAAAUGACAUGUUUAUUCAGAAUAAGGACAGAUUGUAGAGAUAAUAGCUGACCUUUAAAAUAGUGGUUUUCUCUAACUGGUUUUGUCUCCCAUGUAUAUUUACAUUUAAGUGCAUUCAUUUCUGAACAAUGUGGCAAUUCAAAAUAAAAUAAUAUAAAAAGUGUACAGUGAUUCUGUAGCCUAACUUAGAUAUUGAAUCUGAUGUAGUAAUAACGUGACAAGACAAAGCCAAGUAUGGUGUCCCAUAUUCUGAAUUUGUGCAUACAUUUAACCCAACCAAGUGCACAAUCACAGCAGUAAGUAGUGAACACACACAUACACACCGUGAACACACACCAAGA